UAGAGGGAGGGGAAGGUCCAUAAGAAAGGAAGGUGAAGAAAGUGAGGUGAAUUAAUAGAGAAAUUACUGCCCUGUAAGGAAAUUUUACAGCUUUACAGCAAGUGGGACGCUAGCAAUAGUCUUCACGGGGUGCACUGACAUUUCUUUGGAGAGACCUUGAAAGACACUCAGUUUUUCUCAGGGAAGGGCUCUUGGGUUGACUUUUUUCCUUUAAUUAGGUCUUUAAUUAUUAAUUUCUAAAACAGGCAGCAUGGAAGCUUUAUGAUGGUAUCUUGGGUAAGAUGGUACCAGGAUCUGUCUUAAAUGAGAAGUCUGUAGAGAUUCCUGAAUUAAAGGUAUUGUGGGAGAUGAUUGAAGAUUCAUCAGAAUCGGCAGCCAGAUUGUGUAGCCAGUGCCUGGUACAACUUGUUUUUGAUGGCCAUGCUGACCUUGAUUACAUUCUGAAAGGAUUAUUGAAUGCUGUGCCUUCAGUCAGGAAUUUAAGUGGCAUAAUCAAAGCCUUGAGUUCUUUGCUGGCCUUUCAAAUUUACCAAUGUGUCAAAAAUGGCAUAGAGUACAAAUGCCCUUUUUCCUUGAGGUCUCCUCCACACCCAUUCAUUACAGUGUUAACAAGCUCUCCUGAACAAGCAACAAUUCUUAUUCAACAAAUGAAACUACUGCUUUUGAACAGUAUCAACAUCAAGAGUUCUCUCACGCCUCAAGCUAUUAUACAGAUGUUAGAACCAUUUUUCAAGUUUGUACUUCAGGAUCCAAAAGUCACAGUUAAUCAACUUGUCAGACAGCAACUGCUUACCAGUCUUCUACAGACAGCAAGCAGUCUAUUGAAAUGUCCAGGAAAAGAUGACAACCAAAAAACAAAAGCUGACAGAAAGUUGCUGGCUGAUGAUAUUGUAGAUUUUUUGAUGUCUGUUGUGCCUUGCCUCCAGGUUGAUAGGAAAUCAUUGAGUCAAACCACCUUCUUUGUACAUACUAUUGCUCAAUGGCUGCUGGAACGCAAAGAUGACUACAAUAAUGGUGUAAAACAUUUGGAGCUGAUGGUGAAUCAUUUAUUAUCUCUGUGCUGUGAGAGUCUGCCCCAUGGUUGUGACAUGACAACAUCCAUUAUGUUAUUACAAACAAUUCAAAAUCAUAGCCCACAGGUGUUUUCCCAGUUAUGUGUCAUUCCGACCUUAAGCAGACUUCUCCUGAAAUCACCAGAGGACUACCAUCUGCGUGUCUUACAGCUCUGUUUGUCUAUAAUACAGUCUCAAUUACCAGAAUGUUCUGCUGACUGUCUUCCUCUCCUUGUCAAUCACCUGUUCCUUGUACUACCAAUACUCCAGAUCAUUACUUCCCCACCCAGACAGCAGCAGACAUUUAGUCCUUGGAUAUCCAGUAGUGAGUCUGUAGGUGGUGUAGCUCUGCAGAUCUUGAGACAUGUGGAGGUCCAUGUCCUUCCUGUUGUAAAACAACAAGAAAGUGUGAGUGCUGGGAUGGUUGACUAUUCCUCCUCAGUUCUCAGUCAAUCUAUCAGACAAAUGACUGCCUGCUCUCAGGAAAUGAUGUCAUUAAUUAGAAACAAUGAAACAGCUAAGAACUGGCUUAACAGUUUGCAAAGCUCACUUCCUUCACAACGUCAAGUGCUGAGUCAUGUAACACUACUGUUGUCAACUUUAUUGGUGACUGCAGAAGGAUUCAUUGUCAUGGAAACCUUGAAGGUUUUUCCAGUUCUUGCCAAGACUGAUCCGUCACAGGCUCUUUAUUUCCUGCCCUUGUUGCUGUACAAACUUGGCAAAGAAGAUCUUCCUGAAGUGAAGCAGCAGGUUCUUUAUACCAUACCACAACUCGUCACACACAAGUUUUGUAUAGGCCCUGUGUUACGCACGAUUCAGACUAUAGGACAGUCUCCUUCUCUAAAGCCCGUGUCUCUGAGAUUGAUGUGCAAGUUGUGGCAGGUACAAAAUCGUGUCUUUCCACAUCUUCAGCGAGCACUUAACUCAGUUGACACUAAUGUGGAAGUGGAAUUAAACUUGGACAUACAGAUGGCCAAAGCAGCCUCUUUAUUAGAGAUCUGCAAACUAAGACCCUCUCAGCAUGGUGCAGAUCUGUUGAGCCUGCUGUCCAAACUGCUGGAUGAAAACACAAAACCUGGGGAGACUGAAAACCAUUCGUCUGUAGUAGCAGUAUCAUUGGCAUUGCAAGCUUUGGAGGAACUUUGUAAAGCUGAGGUUGUGGACCUGUGCACAGCAUGGAAAGUUCUUUCAGUGAAACUUAGUCUGGACAAGCGGCCUCAGGUUCUGAGCAGUUUAUGUCAGUUGUUCAGUGUUGUACCCAACCUGGCUGCUAACUCUUCAGACUAUCGGGAUUUCAAGAAUCAAGCACUUUCCUUCCUGUGGUCCUUGACCCAACACCAGGAGUCGCUUGUGGCUUGUGCUGCCUUCACAGCGUUGUCGAUGUUUGAUCCAUCUGAUUUCAAGCUUAUUCAUCUACCGGAAAAGAUCUAUCAUCCAUUGAAAGAAAAGCUGCUGGCCUCCAAGAAACGGAGUGAUGACAGUGAUGAGACUGAAGAUGAAGCUGCUGUACUGGAAUCUAUUGAUAACUCAACACCACCAGGGACGGCUUAUGUUGAACUCUUACAGAUGCUUAACCAAGAUGUACUUCCAGGUUUUCAGAAGCUCUUGACUAACAUGAUUAGAAUGGAAGCUGCAUCUCUGCCAAGAGGCCUGGCUCACACCGUAUCACGUGGUACAUCAUCCCAUGACAGGAACAUGCUAUCCAUCCCAGAAUUCCUAACAAGUCAGUAUGACAAGUCCAAGUCACCAGGACUAAAUCAAGGACUUGCAGCCGGACUCUUGUUUUGUUUUGAGCCUCCUUUUGAACAAGUCGAAGGGAAACGUGCCCGAAGAUAUUUAGUGAAUUGCGCCCGAAGAUACGGACAGAUGCUAGAUUCACUGCUGCACGAGGUGCCUGUUCAACCUUCUGAAUGGCACAGAACUUUGCUUCUGCCUCAGGCCUGGUUAUCGUUUAUGAACCGAGCUUACAAUGCGUGUGUAGAGGGACGUAAAGCAGAGUUAGAGAUGCAGCACAGUCAUGGACAUAUUCAGGAUGUUGAAGAGCUGAAAACAAGACAAAUGAAUUCUUGGUUGUGGGUAAGAGAUCAGAUCACUGAACAGCUCAAAGCCGCGUCAAGGGGCAACCCGUCCGUACAGGGUAAUUCAGUGCUUGCUCUAGCAGGCCUGGCACGAGCCGUAUCGAUAUUUGUACAACAGCAGAGCUCUUCAGGGACGACAGAAUCAUAUCAGCGGAACACGGAGUGGCUGAACGUGGUAGCUGACACGCUGAUGGUGGUAUUGGAUGGAAAUUACAAAGCUAAAGGUCCUACUUUGGUUUGGUGUCAACAGGUAUCUUCUGCUACCUCCACUGCCAGCUCGUUGCUAGCUCGUUCAUGCUGUGCAUUAUCUCUGUCACUGUUGGUUCCUUGCCUUGUCACGCUUGACACCGACAGAAUUCACAACAUGGCUGAACUACUGAAACAAAGAAUACCAGGACAGACCAAAGCAGGCAGCUCAGCAGUGGUACAGACGUCUUGUUCUUUAGGACUGGGUUUGUUUUUAAGCAAACUCUACGAGGAACACUUCAGUGAUGUGUGUGGCAAGGAGGGCUAUUUGCUGAUGACUACAGCUUUAGAUGCCUUGGAGAAUGCUGCUAUGACAUCAGAGUUAGAAAACACAGAAGGCGCUUGUCUUGGUCUUGGACUAGCUGUGUCGUCUUUGUGUAAAGAGAGUCUCGUAGACUCCAGAGUUCACGUGACAAACCUUCACAACAAACUGAUGGACAUGUUAAAUGAGCAAGAUGAUCCUGAUCAAAAGCUUCAAAGCUUGUGUUUCGGCGUGGCUUGUGUUUGUGUUAAUGCGUUUCAUACCGGUCUUCUGUCAGCUGAUCAAGCUGUGGAGUGCAUUCACAAAAUUCAAAGCAUGACGGCGAAACACCUUGAGGCUUGUGGUAUUUCCCUUUCUCUUGGCCUGCUUCUUCAUGGACUUGUGCUGUGUGGUCAUGGAGGAGUUAUUCAGAUGGCGCGACAACAUGGCCAUGAUUGGCGAAAUGUUCUUGAAAAUAAGGACGCUUCCGAACUUCAGAAACUGUCAGCUCUGAACGGAAUCAUGGGACUGCUGGGAUCAGAGCAAGGCUUGUUUAUAGUUGAUUCUUCCUCUUCUGUAAACGUUUUCUCGUCGACCGGAGGUAGCAUCAUCAAAUAUCUCCAGCAGAUCGUGUCAGCUCCUGAACAUGUGGGUUUAAGUUCCAACAGUGCCUGGCUGCUCGGUCAUCUUUACACGGCUUCCACGUCCAGUGCGGUAACUAAGACAAGUGUUCCCUCAAACUAUAGCUACUUGUCGGAAGGUAGCAUUUUAAGACUGCUGUUUGAUUUCCUUGAUAAGGCUGGAAAGACAGGUCCUCAUUUGAGCUUCUCAGGAAAGAUAGUGCCUGUAGUACUGGAGUCGCUUGUCAGCGGACCUCAAGUAGCGCUACCGCCAGUGAACUGGGUAUCAGUUCUUGGACCAAUCAUGAGAGCUAAUUUCAGGGAGGAGGCAGGUCAGUUAUGCAUCAGACUUGCAUUGAAUCAAGCCCAGUCCUCUUCCAGUCUGUCCUCGUACCUCUCCUCCCUGUUAAGUCGGGCAGUAUUCAUAGGCCUGGGGGAUUUGUGCAAAAGAGAAUUGCUGGAGAAUUUGUCAAGACUGGUAUAUGUCAUUUCCUCCCCCAAGUUGAGAGAGUUUUACGAAGGAACGCUAUCAGAGCCAUGGAGAAAUGGCAAGGACCGUUCCCUGUGGAGGGCCAUACUUGAAGCUCAUAUCUCAGUCCUAAAUUUAAAAGAUCCUCCCGCCUCAGUAAUCGGAUGGACUAUAACAGCACUUGAGCAAAUGUAUAAUGCUUGCAAUGAGAACACUGAGGAUAAUUGUUUGAGAUUGCUUGCUCGCUGUUUAGCACUGAUCCCUGUUGAAAAACUAGAAAGUAUUUUGCGGGACACACAAAGUGUUUCCACGAAAUCUUUAGUUGUGCGUUGCCAGGUAGUUGGUGAUGGCAAAGCGCCGGUGAAAUGGCUUGCUCCUUGUAUUGAUGACAUGUUAAAAACUGAUAUCAGUGAAACAAAGUACAAUGAAUUGUUGUGCUGCGUAGUUCGAGCCAUGAUUGAUUCGGGCGCCAAGAUUAAAUGUGCUGAGAAACAACACUGGUUCUUGGAACUCAUUGGUCAGUUUAAGGAAGCUCUUCAGCAUUCAAGCUCUCAACACAAGAUCUUAGUGAAUUGUUUGACGUUGCUGUCAAUGGUAUGUGCUGCUUGGUGUGACGUGCCCAUACUUCAAGGAAUUGGACAGUUAUCUACGACUGAGCCCUCGUUUCAACUCACAGCCGAACAAUGUGGAUCGCUUGAGAGUUUUCUAUGGCUACUACCGCUGACAUUGUCCACUUUGGUUAAGCAGGAGCCCUGGACUCAAAUCACGGGAAAGGUUCUAGACUGGCUGUUGUCAUUAAGAGAGGAGCACAAGAUUAACACUAACCGUGUACAACAAGCGCUUAUACAAGAUACAAUUAUUUCUUUGAGGGAAACAGACACAUUCAAGAAGACAGCCGUAUGGACUGACGUAAUUGCCCGUUUCCAUUCGAAAUAGACAAAGAAGAAAGAAAA